AUGGCAGCAAACAGAUGCAACCACAGGCAAGACAACCUCCAAGGACAUUUCUGCACAGCCGACCCUGGAUUUGAACCAGGUUUCAUGGUAUGUGAUGAUGAGCCCAAGGAUAACCAUCUGAACAAUCCAAUGCAUCACAAUGGUGACUACACUGUGUGUCUCGAUUGCUGGCAAAAUAUCCUGGACGAUCAACCACAAGGGUUCGGCCUUCGACGCGAGAUGCUCGAUACAUUCGGCCAACUCAUCUAUCAGCAAAAUCCGGCUACCGGGACAUGGGAUUUACGUAACAACGUUCACAUCAACGGGCACAAUUGCCUCGAGACAACUCAGUCGUUGCUUUGCGAACCUUGCGUCAGGGAUGCAAUUGCACAUUUCAGACGCUGUGAAGCCGAUGAUGUCUAUGCGACCGCCACACUAGGCGAGAACACCGAGCAUGUCGAAGAUCGCCUUACAAACAGCUGUGUGUGCCGCAAGCGAUUCAUAACUCAUCCACAUUACUGCCUUACGUGUAUGCGAGAUGCUUUGGACUCCCGCAAGAUCACAGCCGAUCAGAACAAAGAUUGGCUCAACACGCUGGGAAUUUCUACUGGCGGCGAGCGUAGACAUGUCGAUCCUGCUUGGACAAACAUACGAGCUCAGAACAACUAUGCCGUGCCCUGUCGCUGCGGCCGCGAUAUAGGUCGAUUACGCGUUGCACCAGUGCUCAGGGCCACUUUCUGCCUUGCGUGUAAUGGUACGAAGAUCUGGAGACAUAACAUUCCUGAUGAACGCUACCCUACUCGCUCCACUCGAGCCCAAGCGUCCAAUCCUGCUGAUAGAUGCCCCCUGGAUAUGUUGACUAGCGAUCAACAUAACCCGGACGCUCAAAUCCGCGGCAGAUCCGUCACACAAGGUCGUUUCUAG